AUGGGACAGAUCAUGGCACCAUUGAAAAUCCUCAUCAGCGGUGGUGGUAUCGCUGGUAAUGCCCUCGCCUUCUGGCUUACGAAGCUGGGACAUGACAUUACUAUCGUCGAGCGGUUCCCUAGUCUGCGGGCUACCGGACUCCAAGUGGAUCUACGCGGCUAUGGGAUCGAGGUCAUGAAGCGCAUGGGCCUUGAACAGGAUUUUCGUUCCAAAUCGGCUCCAGAGCAGGGCCUCCGGGUGGUCGAUAGCUCUGGUAAGCAGUGGGCCUACUUCCCCGCGAAUAGGUCCGGCAAAGGGCUGCAGGGCUUCACUACCGAUUUCGAAAUCAUGAGAGGGGAUCUGUGCCGCCUUCUGUUCGACGCCACGGCCAACCGGGCCAAGUACAUCUUCGGGACAUCGAUCGAAAGCUUCGAAGAGAAGAGCGGCUGCAUCGAGGUACGAUUCACGGAUGGGAAGAUGGAUAGGUUUGAUCUCUUGGUCGGUGCAGAUGGCCAGGGGUCACGCACUCGCAAGAUGAUGCUCGGAUCCAACACUGCGGAUGCAUUCUACCCAUUCAGUGAUCUCUACGUGGCGUACUUCACCAUUCCUCGACCUAUGAAAGACGGGGAUGACUACAUUGCCACAUCGUACAUGGCUCCCGGAAACCGGGUUUUGUUCCUUCGAAGGCACAGCCCGCACGAGAUCCAAGCGUAUCUCAUGUGCAAGACCAAGUCCGAGAGAUUCAAGAAAGCUCGCCGAGGAGACGUUAGAGAGGAAAAGGAGGCUUUCGCAGAGAUCUUCCGGGGCGCGGGGUGGAAGACAGGAGAGGUCUUGAAGUGUCUCGAUGACGCUGAGGACUUCUACUGCGAGCGCAUGGGCGUUGUCAAAUUGCCAUCUUGGUCCAACGGCCGCGUGACACUUGUCGGAGACGCUGCCUAUUGCCCAUCAGCAAACACGGGGAUGGGAACAUCCUCCGCCAUGGUGGGCGCUUACAUUCUGGCCGGAGAGAUCGGGAGGCACUGUGGGCCCUCUGACACAGAGGGUAAAGAGGAUGGUCUUGCAUCCGCGCUCAAGGCUUACGAGGAAAAGUUCCGACCGUUCAUGGAUCAAGUGCAGAAAGGGUUGCCGAAAAAGGAUGGAAUCUGGGACAUGAUGGCAUCGACAUCGCUCGGAAUUGCCAUUGUGAACUGCCUCUUCUGGAUACUCUCCUUGCUAAGGGUAAACAUUUUCGGUUGGAUUCUCCGAGAGGAUGUUAGAGGAUGGGACCUCCCUGCUUACAAAGAGAUGUUGUAG